AUGGUACAUCCCGACGCUUCCCCUUCCGGGGAUUUCGAGGAAUCUGAAGGAUCGGAGCGAUACGGAGUUAGAAGAGGAAAUUUUAGCGAGUUGGACAAGGCGAGGUAUCGCUGGUUGAUUCGUAUCGUGUUUGCUGUCUCCAUCCUUGUGCUUUGGAACGAGUUCUCAUCCUCAAAGGGGGUCAAGCGCAUUCAGGCGGAUUACCCGACAGCCUUGAUGACGUCGUUUCAGAGCUUGAACUGCUCGUGGUCAUCAGGACCAUCCGAGUCAUCGAGGACGAGCGUUGACGACAUGCUGUUCUUCAUUGACAGCGUCUUCUUCCAGCGGUUUGGUUUGCUCUACACUUUGAAGGGAGAGACCCUUCGGGCUUCGUACCAGCACCGUCCCAGUUGGACUUACACGUACACGAUCUACGUUGUGUACACGCCCCACCUGUCAAUCCGAGGGCUAGAGAAACAGCUCGGCGAACUUGUCCGACAAACACCUUAUGAGAUCUUCAUGACUUCAGACUCGCGAUCUAUUCCUGGACUCUAUCGUUUCAAGAUGCGGCAGCGAGACAUGCCCGAGUACUCGAUCAUCAUGGAUUUUCUUCCAGCUGAUCGCUACCACCACCCGUUGAUCUCAAGAUCUGUCGCGAUCAAACCCGCCGGCUCAAGGCUCGUUUAUUCGUCUGCCAGCUCUGCCAACGAGUACGCGAGGAGGUGGAUCGGCUACAAGGCGUUCGCCACCGUCUGCCGGCAUGUCAAAGUCCCACCCCUAUGCGUUGGAGUGAUCGGUCUGCUGCUGUUCAGAUGCUACGUCACGUCAACAGAGACCAACUGCUUUGAGCGAGCUCCGCUGAUCGGUUAUCUCACCCUCCACUUUGGGAGCACGCAGGGCGAAGAUCCUCCCCUGCACGCUGAUCCCAUCAUUGAGAAUCUUCAACCACUACAGGCAGAUAUGAAUGUUUCUUUCCUCCAGUCUGUGAAACCUUGGAAUGUGCAGGACUCCCUCCGAUGCUUGAUCCCUUACGUUUGCACACCCUCGAGAUACCAUGGAGAAAUCUCCGUCGUGAUCACCUCAGUCUCCCUGGGUCUGCUGAUAUUGCUUGUUUGCUGUCAUGGUGAACUUCCUGCAGCCCUCCUACUCUCCAUCAUUCUGUUGGUGCGAAAUCGCCAGCGGACUUUCAUGCGGCACUCCAGGAAGUGUUCGUCGGUGACCAGGGUCGACACAACGUUUCUAGUCCUCCUCGCUCUCGUCGGGGCUGGAUCCUACUACAUGUACCAACGGCUGAGCAUGUACAGGAUGCCCUGGGUGGCAUGGGAGACGAUGAUAUCUCUCGCUUCCUUACACUUCACCUACUUCUUCAACUCCAACAAGUUCCCCGCUCUUGUCUGGGUCUUGAAGUCUUGCAAGGCGCUCGUACUCCCUCACGCAGCACGAAGGUGCAUCGAUGGCCUAGACCUGAUGCUCGGCCUCUCUACGUUCUCCUCCUUCGUGCUGAAGAAAUAUCACGGUGCCAAAGUUGCAGCCAAGGUGUUAGUGAUGUGCUGUGGUUCAGGAUGCAUUCUGAUGCUUGUUAUGAUCGUCUCCUCGAUAUUCUUCGGGCUGAGCACGUGCUGA